CUAAGCAACAGCCCAAUAACACUGAAAGAUGAUAGCAGCUCUGUCAGUAUCAGGCAGCAGCAUGGGCAACACCAAGUUUUCAGUCUCUGGUCCCUUGGAAAUGCCCAAAAUUACAGAGUUUAAGAUUGGGCUUUGUCAGUUAUCAGUUACUUCAGACAAGGACACUAAUCUGGCCCAUGCCCAGAAAUCAAUUGAACUUGCUUCCAAGCAAGGUGCAAGCCUUGUUGUUUUACCAGAAAUGUGGAAUUGCCCUUAUUCGAACGAUUACUUUGCAAAAUAUGCUGAGAAUUUUGAUGAUAAAGAUGCAUCCCCUUCAUUUUCUCUAUUAUCAGAAAUUGCUUCAUGUCAAGGGAUCACAAUAGUAGGAGGGUCUAUCCCUGAAAGGAAUGACGGUCGGUUGUAUAACACUUGUUGUGUGUUUGGACCUGACGGGCAGUUAAAGGCUAAGCAUAGGAAAGUAAACACAUUUGUUUGUGUUGACAUUCCGGGAGAUAUUUUGUUUAAGGAAUCAGACACCUUCACAGCAGGGGAUAAAUCUACCAUUGUUGAUACAGAUGUGGGUCGUAUUGGAAUUGGAAUUUGUCAUGAUAUACGCUUUCCCGAACUUGCGAUGUUGUAUCGAAUAAGAGGUGCUCACUUAAUAUGCUAUCCUGGGGCAUUCAACAUGAGUACUGGUGAAUUAUUGUGGGAGCUUGAACAAAGAGCAAGGGCAGCUGACAACCAGUUAUAUGUAGCUACAUGCUCACCAUCUCGAGAUUCCACUGGUUCCUAUACGAUAUGGGGUCAUUCAACUCUUGUUGGACCGUUUGGUGAAAUAAUUGCAACCUCGGGGCAUGAGGAGAAAAUAGUGGUUGCUGAGAUUGAUUAUUACGAAAUUCAACAUCGAAGGGAGGGCCUCCCGCUAGAAAAACAGAGGCGGGGAGAUGUGUAUCGGUUUGUUGACGUACAUGAACAGGAGCUUUGAUGAAUUAAGAUUGUCAUACUGUUACGGACAUGCGACCUUAUUUAUGUCUGGAGUCUUUAAUAUCUUUUGCAUGUUAUAAUUUAGAAACUAUGAAGGUGUAUGUUUAGUGUUUUUUUUAAGAACAAUAUUCUGUUCUCCAAAAAAAAUAAAAAUAAAAAAAAUAAAUAAAUAAAUAAAAAAUUAGUUACACCAAAGAUUGACUCUUUUUUUAAGCUGUACUGAAAAAGAGGAAAUUCUAUCUAAGAAUUUAUUUUAAUUUUCUCUUUUCAGAGUUUCUGAAAACUAUGUUAUGGUUCCAAUCCGACUAUUCGUCCAAAGGUGAUGUCAAUAUGAAGCACCCUGCUUUUGUUCCGUUUUGUUUGAUAUAUUUGCCUAG